CAAAUACAAAUUAAAAUAUGAUUUUAAAGAAUUUGUCGAAAAAAUAGAUUUUUUUGGUCUAAAUGUCGCCGGAGUUUAUUGUUUUUACCAAAUUGUUACACAUGAUUAGGGUUUUUUUUUUACCAAAUUAUCGUUAGGGUCUUUUUUAUUUACCAAUUUGGUCAAUUGGCCUAAAACACAGACUGAGUUGUCAUUUUCCUUAAAAAAAAAAAUUCGACCGUUGCCCAAAAAGGCUUGUCCUAAACGUCUCAGAUUCAAAAUUUGUCCUUGAUCUCCUUUCUCUCAUUCUCUCUCCUCCCUGUUUCUCAACAUUCUUCAAUGGUGACUCAAGAUUCAACCAAAACCCCCAAAAUCAAAAACACCCCAUCAAUUAAUUCAACCCAAAUCCCAGAAAAUUGCAGUAAUAAUAUGAGUAUGUUUAGCCCAAGAUUCAAAUCAGUUGCAGCAAUGGCGGGAUGGGAUGAAGAAACCCUACUUUCUACUCUUGUUGUUGAAGAUACCCCUGAAAGAAACUUAAGAGACAAGAAACGUUCUGAUUUACUUGUGAAAUCUCCUUCUACUAGUUCUAGAAAAAAGAGAAGACGGGUUCGCCCUGGUUCGAUUCCUAUUGCAGUUUUUAAUCUUGAUGUUGAUGUUGAUGAUGAAUCUUCUAACAGUAAUCUUAAAGAAGCAGAAAAGGGUAAAAGUGAUUUACCAAAGAAAGUAGAAGAAAAAACCAAAGAAAAGGAGCAGGAAAAUGCUGUUUCUGAUGCUGCUAAUUGUUCAAGUUCUUCAACACUUACAUGUAUGGAUCGUCUUAGAGAUGAACUUUCUUGUGCUAUUUGCUUGGACAUAUGUUAUGAACCAAGCACAACUCCUUGUGGUCACAGUUUUUGCAAGAACUGCUUGAAAUCUGCAGCUGAAAAAUGUGGCAAAAGAUGUCCCAAAUGUAGACAGCUGAUAAGUAAUGGAAGAUCCUGCACUAUAAACACAGUGCUUUGGAACACUAUACAGCUUUUAUUCCCUGCAGAAGUCGAGUCGAGGAUUGCAGCUGCAGCAGCAGCAGCUGCGAAUAGUAAAGUAAGUGAUCAGCGCAGGAAGAGCACUGAAAGGGUGAUCAGUAGUAGUAAUCAAGCUACUGACAACAGCAAUCCGCACUUGAGCAGAAGACUUAGAGUAUCAAGGAGAUCAGAAGAAGCUAGUUUGAUCAGUAGUAGAGGAGUUCCAAACCAAGAUGAAGAUGCUGCAUUAGCAUUGAGGUUACAGAGAGAAGAGUUCAUGGAUAUUUAUAGAAGCUCUAGCUUGGCACGAGAUAAUUUGAGAGCUAUGGCACGAAGAGUCAUGAAUCGAUAGGAGCCACCCUGUUUGAUCUUAUAUGUUCAGUCUUGUCUCUCAAAGACAUAUAUAAAAUUGGAACGAUACAGAGAAUGAUAUUACUCUCUUUAAAUUGGUUUCUCAUGAGUGUUGUAGCUGUUGAAAUGGAACUUCGGGUUCACUUUAAAAAUUCUAGCUUGUUAAGACUUUAUUAUUAAAUCUAUUAAUAUUUCAACUUUAUUUUUCUUGUAUUUAUGUAGACGACUAGAUGUCAACUAGCUAGAUUGGUUACAAUUCUAAAAGUAUUCCCUGUAAGAUCAAAUUUUGUCUACAUCAUUAACCUUUUUACGACUCUGUACAUACACACAAAAAAAAGAAAAAAAGAAAAAAAAAUGUACAUAUUUUAAAUUAGACAAUAUAUUGAGGGAGGGUAGAACUUUUCCAAAAAGGCUGAUGCCUUAUUAUCUUAAAAUAUAUCCAAACAAAUGACAUCAGAUGAAUAUCUAUUGAUACAGCAUAUUUUUGGUCAGCAUGUUAGUUUUUUUUUGGUUAAAAUCAUGUUUAUA